UGCUGCGCGGGAGGUCGCUGAAGCGCCGUCCGGAGACGGAUGCUACCGCGUCGAUUAAACAAGAUUGUUCUUGAGUCUUCUAGAGAUGUCCUUGAUCUUGUCUGCUUCUGUGGUCCGUGUGAGAGAUGGACUCCCUCUGUCUGCCUCGACUGACUAUGAGCAAAGCGUUGGUGUGCAGGAGUGCAGGAAGUACUUCAAAACUCUUGCAAAGAAACUUGCUCAGCUUCCAGACAGAUGUACACUGAAAGCAGGACGGUAUAACAUAAAUUUUAUUAGUUCGUUGGGAGUGAGUUACAUGAUGUUGUGCACUGAAAAUUACCCCAGUGUCCUCUCCUUCUGCUUCCUGGAUGAGCUUCAAAAGGAGUUCAUCACCACAUACAACAUGAUGAAAACAAAUACGGCUGUUAGGCCCUACUGUUUCAUUGAGUUUGAUAAUUUCAUUCAGAGGACCAAGCAGAGAUAUAAUAACCCACGGUCUCUGUCGACAAAGAUAAACCUUGCUGAAAUGCAAACGGAAAUCAGGCUGAGACCACCGUAUCAAAUUUCCUUGUCUGAAUUGGGUUCACCUAAUGGAUUACCACAUAUAUCCCUUAAAGAAUACAAAGGUACUGGAAAAAUAUCUGCAGCUCCUCACCAGCGACUGGAACCUGUGACACUGUCAGGGAUUGUUUCCUUUGUACUCAGCCUUUUAUGCGGAGCUUUGAAUUUAAUUCGUGGCUUUCAUGCUACAGAGAGUCUUUUACAGAAUGAGGGAGAAGACUUCAGCUAUGUUAUCGCCUUUUUCCUUGGUACAGCAGCUUGUUUAUACCAGUGCUAUCUGUUUGUAUAUUGCACGGGCUGGCGGAACAUCAAAUCCUUCCUAACGUUUGGCUUGAUCUGCCUAUGCAACAUGUAUCUGUAUGAACUGCGCAACCUUUGGCAGAUCUUUUUCCAUGUUACUGUGGGUGCUUUUUCAACUUUGCAAAUCCGGCUGAGACAGCCACAGGGAAAGUCUCCGGAUUACAACGUGUGAUGGUUGUCCUAUGAAAGUGGUAACCUUGAUCCAAGCAGUAUUCCUCUCAGGAAUUACAUAGCUUUUCUGUAAGAGAGAAGCUCCCUGUACUUGAAGGCAUUGAUGACUUGACAGUAAAAUUCUUCCUUCGAAAGAAGAACUUUAAAAAAAUGGAUUUGGGAACUGAGAGACAAAUGAGGUCCUCCACUGUGCAGGAGAAAAUACCCCCAAGGGGGGAAACCCCCAAAAUAUUUGGAGGGCAGCAUGAAAAUCUACACAUUCAGAACUAUGAAAAAGACAAGGAUGUGUGUACUGGACUCGUUUUGCAUAUCAAGUGAUUUCUGCAAUCCCAAACCAGUUUUGCCUUUGUGAGGCAGUAGAAUAGGCUGUAAUAAAAGGAUGGCAUUGCAUAUUAACAAACUGUUCAGUAUGAAUGAAUUCCUAAAUGCCAGAUUAUUGGAUUGCACAUCAGUUUAAUGGUGUGUGUCUAUGCUCUCCUUAAUUAAAACCUCACCCAGAAACCAUCUGUUCAUGGGGAUUAGCGCCUGGGCCUCAAAGGCUUGCCUUGUAGUGCUGAGUUAAUUAUGAAUUGCUUUACUUAUUUAUUUUUUCUUGUGCAAUUUGUUUUGAAAAAGAUUUGGAAAAUGACCUAUCUUCCCUCCCUCCUCCCCUGUAAGUAACAUGACAUUCUGUUUUCAGACCCUUGAUCUAAUGCUUGAAGAAUGAAAAGAAGUUGGCUGGUGAGAAGAGGAGGGACAGAGCAAACUGAAGAGGCUUUUUCUUUUCUGUCUUUGAUGUGAGGUAACGGCAGAGGCUGGGCCUCGUGCAGGCAGUUGACUAGCCUGAUUGAGAAAGAGCCUGAUCUCAAGCAAUUCCAGCUUGAAUGUGAUUGUUAAGAACCCAGUUUGGGAACACAGGAAUCUGAUGGCCUUUGCACUGGAUUGUAUGUUUGUAACACAACAGGUCUGUUGUAGGAAGAGAUGAGCAACCUAAGAAAUUACAUGAGAUAUGUGCAGUUUUUUCACCCAUCUCAAUCGGGCAACAGCCUAUGGAUGUAUUCUUCUUUAGGAAAUGCAAGUAUUUCCUAAUAGAAUAUACUACAACUACUUAAACUUGUUUUGAGAAGCACAAUUUGACCAUUUUGUGAUCUCUAUUCUUAACUGCAGCUUGUUUGUACAAAAAUGGGAGUGAGCUUUUCAAAGGUCGUAUAAUAUUCCUUACAAAUGCUUGAGAAUGCUGAGUGUGCAUGCUUAGCUUUUCCUAAAUUGUGCCUUGCAUAUUAGGAAGAAUUGGAAGGCCAGUCUUUUCUACUAAAGUAAGUGGAGGAGUCUCUGAACAUCCAGACAGUGUGGAGACUGAAGCGAUUUGUGGUUCAGCAGAAUGCCUGCUGGGGUUAUUCACAGACAUCCCAAAUCCUAAAUUAGCCAUAAGAUUAGGAAGCCUCUCCGCCAUUUCUAGGAGGCCAAGCUGUGCACUGGGGCAGAGUGCAGUUGUGGCAUAGUGGCCAAGUGGCAUAGACUGUAGGGGGAAGGGCACAGUAAAGGUAAGAUUCGAGCAGAGAAAUUUCAUAUUCAUUAAUUCCUGACAAGAAGGUUUAAUAUUUGGCUUCCAAAGGGGAUAAUCUCAAAAAGAGUUGUGUUAGAUCAGGGUUUUUCAAGCCAGCUACUUCAAGAAACAUUUUCUUUGUUGACUGACCCACGGAGAAGCUCUUGAGUACUGAAGAGUUGUUGCUUAACAGAUGUUUUUAUUUCCUUACUAUUGCUUUUGUUAGUGUAACUAAGCUCCUGUGCCCUAUCCAGUUAACACUGGUUACAGCAUGAGUUCAGGGUGUAAUGGAGGGGGUUGGGCUUCAAAUCUUAGUCCAUUGGGUAACCACUUUGUAGAGAGCCUCCUAGUAGGAUUCAGACCAUAGUCUGAACUGUUAAGAGAUCCUGAGUAUGCUCAUUGUGAAUUAACUCACAUUGGUUGGCCAUUGAUAUUCUGAUUUCAGAGGAGGAGGUAAACCACACUCAACCCACAUCUCAAGAUCCCAAUCUUUUGAGAUCUCCACUACUUUUAUUGCAGUAUACCCAAGUUCCGCUAGAUGGCGAUGCUCGUAUACUGCUCGAAUGGAAAAAUGCUGUGGAUUCUUGGUUUUGUAUAAAUACUCUUGUGCUUCACGUACUACACUUGUCCUACAGUGAGGGUAGGUUGCAGUGCUUUCCCCUAGAUUGCACUGAGCAGGCAGCCACUACCCACAUUGUGUGUUUGCAGCAAGAACAUAAUUCCUGCCCUACUUGAAAGAACACUUUUUUUUUGUUAUGUGGCUUGGGUGGUAAUGUGAGACUGCUAUUGAAGAAGCACAAUUCCAAAACCAAAUUUGUUAUCUUUUAGUUUGGGUUGUUGGUCAUUCCAUAUUUGGAAUCGGAUAUGAUACUAAAAUUUCAAGGGAGUGGGCAACAAACUAUAUUUUGUGAGAGACAAGCUGUAGUCAAGAAUCUGGUUUUGAAAGUGUACAAAAUUUGUCAAGAAGACAGAAGUAGCUUGUACAAUAUAAUCUGAAAGGGCAUGAGCCACAGUUUUGCAGGUAUACUCCAAAGGCUUCUCCCUUUACCAAUGUUAAUUUAUUUCACGAGGGGAAUAACAUUUUCCACGCAAAAAAUAUAACUCUCAAUAAACACAAAAUUAACAAAAACUUUUGUAUAGUACUGCAUGAACUUUAUAUACCUAUGGAGUAUCUGAAAGGAGGUUAGUGGAAUACAACCUAAAUAGCUAAUGAGCAAAAUCUCAUGUACAUAAUCACAGGGAUAAAUUUGGCAGUGUGAACUGAACUGCCCUUUAAGUGUAGAAUAGAGUGUAGA